AGCCUGUCCUGUGAUGUGUCAUUUUUCUUCAUUCCGUUCGUGGUCGUUCACUUAGCUCAACGCAAUUUUUAUUCACGAUUCUCCCUCACUUGCUGAAGUGGGUACAAUAAAAGUGUAAAGUUCAUUUCCGAAGAAUUGGUAGAGAGGAAAAUCAGGAAUCCGCCCCUCGAUUCGCGAAUUACUGUCGUGGAAGAUUGCGCGAGUGACUAAUUCAAUUGUGGUUUUUUUUUUCUUACCAGUCGGAAUCAGCAGCACUUAAAUAAAGCAAAGAGUGUAGGUCAAAUUUUAAGGAAAGCGAGUGAAAAUGUUCAGUUGGUUGAAACGGGAAACGAAGACCGAAGAAGUGGUCGAGAAUGUGCUGGGAGAGUUGAAAAAAAUUUACAAAAGCAAGUUGCUUCCUUUAGAAGAGCACUAUAGCUUUCAUGAUUUCCAUUCGCCGAAAUUGGAGGAUCCUGAUUUCGAUGCUAAACCUAUGAUUCUGCUUGUGGGUCAGUAUUCGACUGGAAAGACGACGUUCAUUCGAUAUCUGCUUGAGCGUGAUUUCCCGGGUAUCCGCAUUGGACCGGAACCGACCACGGACCGUUUCAUUGCCGUUAUGUUUGAUGAAAAAGAAGGCAUGAUCCCCGGAAAUGCACUGGUUGUGGAUCCGAAAAAGCAGUUUCGUCCGCUUGGAAAAUACGGCAAUGCGUUCCUGAAUCGUUUCCAGUGUUCAACUGUGCCUUCACCGGUUCUGCGUGCAAUUUCUAUUGUUGACACUCCCGGUAUUUUGUCCGGUGAGAAACAACGCGUUGAUCGAGGCUACGAUUUCACUGGAGUGCUGGAGUGGUUUGCCGAAAGGGUGGAUCGAAUUAUUUUGCUGUUCGAUGCUCAUAAACUGGAUAUCUCCGACGAAUUCCGGAGAUCUAUCGAAGCUUUGCGAGGCCAUGACGACAAGAUCCGCAUAGUUCUUAACAAGGCGGAUAUGAUAGAUCAUCAGCAACUGAUGCGAGUCUACGGUGCCCUCAUGUGGUCUUUGGGUAAAGUUCUUCAGACCCCCGAAGUUGCCAGAGUCUAUAUCGGAUCUUUCUGGGACCAACCGCUUCGUUAUGACGUAAAUCGACGGCUUUUCGAAGAUGAAGAACAGGAUUUGUUCCGUGAUCUUCAAUCCCUGCCCCGUAAUGCCGCAUUGCGAAAACUCAAUGACCUCAUCAAACGGGCGCGAUUAGCAAAGGUACACGCCUUUAUUAUUGCUGAGCUGCGGAAGGACAUGCCUUCGAUGUUUGGUAAGGAUAGUAAAAAGAAGGAACUUAUCAAAAACCUUGGCCAAGUUUAUGAUCGCAUCCAGAAAGAGCAUCAAAUUUCGCCGGGAGAUUUCCCUGACAUCAAGAAAAUGCAAGAAGUUCUCGCCAACCAGGACUUCAGCAAGUUCCAUUCCCUCAAAAUCCCGCUACUGGAGGUGGUCGAUCGUAUGUUGGCCACCGAUAUUGCUCGGCUUAUGAGCAUGAUUCCUCAGGAGGAAAUGACCAUGGUGUCCGAGCCACUAAUCAAAGAGGGUUUGUUUGGUGAUUACUACGCGGAUUCACGGAAACAAUGGAAUGGUGCUGUUAAACGCGGUGCUUUCGAUGGUGUGGAAGACGUGGUUUCUCCGUUCGGAUAUCGCAAGGGCGAAGGAAUCGACGCCGGUUACGGAGAGGUGGACUGGAUUUGCAAUCGUGACCGUGAGCGCACAGAUCCGCUCUUCGAAACGCUCAACCCAGUCGACGGCAAGAUUUCUGGUGCAGCGGCUAAAUCCGAGCUUAUCAAAUCGAAACUCCCGAACAAUGUGCUGAGCAAAAUUUGGAAGCUGUCGGACUACGAUCAGGAUGGGUUCCUGGAUAUUGAAGAGUUCGCACUGGCAAUGCAUUUAAUUAACGUAAAAAUGGACGGAAAUGAGCUCCCGAUGUCACUGCCACCUCACUUGAUACCGCCCUCGAAGCGAAAUGGGGUCCCCGAAUAGAAACGGACAUCUAUCAUUGACUACGAUCAUGGUAAAAGUUCGCUCUAUUCCUCCUCCCCACAUUUGUUUUCAACACAAGCAGUUUUGAAUGCUUAAUUUUCCUAGUUUAUUUUUAUAGAUACAUUUCAUUAUUUACAAUUUAGUGUUUUAUAGCAGAAUAUCGUGGCUUUAGAUAUUUUUUAGGUCAUUUAAUAUAAUAUUUUGUUUUUCAAAAUAUAUACCAAAUUAAUUAUGUUUUACUUUGGUUCCAAAUCGUGCAUUCAAAAAUUCUUAGAAUCAAGUGUUUUUUGAAAAAAUAACACUUUAGUUACUAAACCACCAGCAUCAACAAGAGUAGAACUUAUUCAUUUUCUUCAAUUGCAAAGUUAAUAACACGUCAGAUUUUCGUAUAUUUUAUAAUACCAGUAGUAUUUCAUGAUUUGUUGUUUCAUUGAUUCAAGGUUUUUUGCUGUUCACCCUGAAAUUCUUUUCCCAGUACCGACAAUUAAAAAAAAACUUUGAACCGUUUAUUUAUCUUUUUUUUUAAUAUUAUUGUGAAUUUUUGAUUGCUUUAUUGCGAUAUAGUUUGUUUUGCUUCAAAAUCGUAAUUAAGUAACAACGAACUCAAAUUUGAAGUUAUGAACGUUUUUCGCUAAAUAAUUUUGAAUGCUGUAAGACAGUUUUACAAUUUUUGUUCCAAUAAACAGACUUUGAAAACAUCAACAAGAUCAUUUCUUUUAACUUCAUAUAAAUAACAGGACUUUUGCCUCCUUCAAGGUAUUAUUUGUCAUACCUUUCAUUGUAGUCAAAAAUGUUAUGUUAUUCGAGAUCCCAUUUUUCUUGCAUCAGUGUUACCUUCGAACAAAUCUCAUAAUGUACGCACAUUUUUGCAGUCUGCAGUUACUAAUUGAGUUUGAAUAUUCACACUUUGAUCGCCUAAUCAACCGUACAUCGCGGCCCAUAAUGAAAAAAAAAAAUGAAGUAAGUACAUUCUACUUUACAAUACUGCUUGCUACCUCUAUUAAUUUUCGUAAUUUUUGGAGUAAGUUCUGAUACAAACGCAAUAGCAAAUAGUUCAGUUGUCUUUACACGCAGACAGACAGUUAAAGGGAAAAUGGUUUACAAAUCAAACCCCACUCGAAUUGCUUUCGAUCACUUUCUGUUAGGUAUAAUUCAAAAAUAUGUUCAAUAAUAACAAACAAAUUGUUAAUAUGCUUUAAAAAAAAAUCGGUAAUCUUACCAGAUUUGAACGAACAAUAUACAUAAAUCACAUCUUGGAAGAUGAAAAACAAUCUAUGACACUGAACGAAAAUCGCGAAAAAGCAGCACGUGUCGGCAAUUAUAAGAAUGCAAUGAAGCGUAUUUAAUCAGAGUGAAAUUAAUUGUGUCCGAAAAAGAUAAACACUAAACAGUAGCGAUAGCAUGUGUUUGGGAAACACAUACUUACACACACAUGCUGAUCUAUAAUAAUUACAAACAAGGAUGGUAGGUAUGUGAGAAAUAACGUAAUUCGAAAUGGAAACAUAUUUACAAGAGUAGCAUUUUUGAUGAAAUUUGUAUAGAGAAAAGAAGAUCAGUACGAUACAUCUACAUAUAUUUUAAAUGCCUAAAGUGUAAUUGUUUAAUUUAUGUAGAUCAUAGGAGUACCCAUAAUUUAGUAGAAAUAAAUACAAUGUGCGAAUAAAUUUGUUCUCAAAAAUACUACAGAUAA